GCCGCAGACGCCUCUCUCGGGAGCCCAGGACCUGCCAGCGCUGGCGAUUCCUCUGGGGCAGGCGCUUGCCCUCUCUUUUAUGGAGCUUGGGCCCCUGCCCCAGCCCCGUAGAGGCUGUGGACGUGCACGGUCCGGAAGCCCGGUUUCCAGCCCCGUGGCCCAUCCCUGGCUGCGGGGAGCGGAAGCUCCCACGAGGUAGCGGUGGCCCGCAGCGGCCCCGUCCCGGCAGCGAGCCAUGGGCCAGAAGCUCUCGGGGAGCCUCAAGUCGGUGGAGGUGCGAGAGCCGGCGCUGCGGCCGGCCAAGCGCGAGCUGCGAGGAGCGGAGCCGGGGCGGCCGGCGCGGCUGGACCAGCUGCUGGACAUGCCGCCGGCGGGGCUGGCGGUGCAGCUGCGGCACGCGUGGAACCCCGAGGACCGCUCGCUCAACGUCUUCGUCAAGGAUGACGACCGGCUCACCUUCCACCGGCACCCGGUGGCGCAGAGCACGGACGGCAUCCGCGGCAAGGUGGGCCACGCGCGCGGCCUGCACGCCUGGGAGAUCCACUGGCCCGCGCGCCAGCGGGGCACGCACGCGGUGGUGGGCGUGGCCACGGCGCGGGCCCCGCUGCACUCGGUGGGCUACACCGCGCUGGUGGGCAGCGACGCCGAGUCCUGGGGCUGGGACCUGGGCCGCAGCCGCCUCUACCACGACGGCAAGAACCGGCCCGGCGUGGCCUACCCCGCCUUCCUGGGGCCCGAGGAGGCCUUCGCGCUGCCCGACUCGCUGCUCGUGGUGCUGGACAUGGACGAGGGCACGCUCAGCUUCGUCGUGGACGGCCAGUACCUGGGCGUGGCCUUCCGUGGCCUCAAGGGCAAGAAGCUGUACCCGGUGGUGAGCGCCGUGUGGGGCCACUGCGAAGUCACCAUGCGCUACAUCAACGGCCUUGACCCUGAGCCGCUGCCACUGAUGGACCUGUGCCGGAGAUGCAUCCGCCUGGCCCUGGGCCGCCAGCGCCUACAGGACAUCAGCUCCCUGCCCCUGCCUCAGUCUCUCAAAAACUACCUGCAGUACCAGUGA